CUCUCCUCCAAACCCAACAAUGCGCCUAUACUCAUUAGCACUCUUGCUGGCUGCAUCUUCCAGCCUGGCCAAUCCAAUUUUUACUCCUGAGGACCAGGCUGCGUUCGGGCCCCUCGACGCCCCUGUUACAACCACAUCCGACAAGUGGGCCUACGAGGACUGUGGCAGGGAAUACGACCUUCCAAUCGAAGUGCUGUCGCUGGAUGUAUUCCCGGAUCCCCCGAAACCAGGCAAGGACAUGACUGUCAAGGUCAAGGCCAAGGUUGCGGAGACCAUUGAGGAGGGAACCACUGCGGAUGUUGUCGUCAAGACCGGCCUCAUAAAGCUGUUGGACAAGACGUUCGAUGUUUGCAAGGAGGCUCGCGACAACAACGUCACUGUCCAAUGCCCAGUUGAACCAGGAGUCUAUGAAAUCGAGCAAACUGUUGCUUUACCUAGAGAGGUUCCCCGGGCCAAAUUCCACGUCAAUAUCGAGGGGUAUAGUCCGGACGAUGACCCUUUGCUGUGCUUGAAGCUCAUGGUCGACUUCAUGAUCCCUUUCCCUCGCCCGCGCAAGUUGUGGUAA